AGCAAAUCUUGAUAUACUCUCCCUAGCCUAGUAAAUAAGAAUACACUAUGUCCGCCACACAGUUGCCAGAAAUCAUGGAUGCCAUCUUGUUCAAACAUCCCUACAAAGUUGCGGUCGAACAGGUCCCGACUCCCAAGUUGCAGACCGAAGGAGAUGUCAUCAUCAAGGUUCAUCUCGCUGGACUUUGUGGCUCCGAUCUACACCUUUACAGGGCUAAAGAAGAUGCUGGGAAAGACUAUACUAUGGGACAUGAGGUUGUGGGAACCAUUGUCCAAAAGGGCAAGGAAGUGAACAGCUUCAAUGUGGGGGAUAUUGUAGCUGUACCUUUUACCAUCUCAUGCGGGAAAUGCUAUUACUGCUCAACCUCCCACACUGCCCGAUGCACUUCCUCAGCCUUGUUCGGUACUCCUUCCCUUCCGGGUUGCCAGGCCACCUAUGUUCGUGUCCCUCUUGCGGCAUCUUGUCUUUUACUCAAGCCUCCACAACUGCCUGAAGAGUUGAUGCUUUUGAUGGCAGAUAUCUUGCCCACGGGAUACAGUGCGGCUUGGAACGCUUGGAGACUUCUUGAUCGGGGAGGGGAGCGUGGUGGAAAAGGAGAGAAGAAGGAUAUUUGCGUUGUGGUUGGGUGUGGGCCUGUCGGCCUUUGUGCCAUAACUUCUGCGCAAACACUCUUUUCCAAAGUCUUUGCCGUCGAUCCUACGCCUGCCCGCCGAGAGUUGGCUAUCAAGCACGGAGCUACCGCUCUUGUUCCUGGCGAACUGCAAUCAGCCGUCAUGGCUGCCACCGAAGGUCGUGGUGCUGAUGCCGUUCUGGAGGUUGUGGGCAAUCAAGGGGCCUUCGAUACUGCCUUGAGCAUUGUUAGGCCUUACGGAGCCGUCAGCAGUGUGGGGGUGCAUGCCGGGGAGCUCAAGAUUGAUGGUGGUUUGUUGUAUGACAAGAAGUGAGUUUUAUCAUUUAAUGAGGGUGGGCAGAUGACAGGAUGUAGAGUUACGGCUGCCGAACGAGGAAAGGUGAAACGUGAGAGAAGGGUGCAUAACAUGCCCAUGCUCAUGUUCUUAGUCGUAGCGUGAGGCUUCAAUUUGGACGUUGCUCUGUUAGGCACUUUUAUCCGGCAGCUCUAGAAGUGCUCAUGAACAACCAAGAGCUCUUCAAGGGCUUUAUUGAGUAUAAGGUCGGUUUCAGUCAAGCUGAAGAGUACUAUACUCUCUUCGAACAAGGCAAGAUAUCCAAAACUGUGUUUAUUCCAGGUCAGUAAUGGCGCAGUCUACCAGGAAACAUGAAAGAGAUCUUCAGCGAUAGACAUUUGAGUUUCAAAGCACUUUAGUUACAAGUCGAUUCAUGGUUACACUCGUCUCGCUUAUCGAUGCUCCGCAAAGUGUAGUACACCGGUCCUUUCCCUAACAUGGAUUUUUGGUGGACGAUGGAUACCCCCUCAGUUAUUAAUAGCUCCUUCUUCCCAGAUAUAGUCUACUUAAAUGGCUCGCGCUUGAAGGAAGUGGUAGAAGUCCAUUUAUUGUUAUGUCAGUUACACCGAACGAACGAAGUGCGCU